AUGGUGUCCAUAGUCGUCCCCGCCGUAAUCCUCUUCACCUUCUCUAUCAAUACGCCUCCCGACUUUUAUUCAGCUGCAGCCUUACAGUGGAAUGAUAACGCCAUGGACGGCUGCGCGCACGCCGAUAGACUCCGCGGACUCCUUACUCAAAACGUAUCGCUUGCCACAUUUGCGGUAAGCAAGGUGGAAGUGGAGCUCACCGAUAUGUUGUUCAACUGCGACGCGAGGAAAAACGAGACGGAGUUGGAGAGGAUGAAGUCGUUUGAGGUCUUGUACUAUAACAUGUUUUACACUUUCUUCGGACCGUUGACCGAUAUGUUCGACAAUUUUUUGUUUGAUAAGAACUGA